UUGACCGCGUCCGUUGCUGUUUUCUGGCGACGAGGUUAGUGUGCCAUGGCGCCCAGGAGGCCAGCAGCAAUGUGGCGGACUGAGAGUGUUGAGACUCGUGGCGAAGGAAUUUCUCCGGUCGGAUUCAAGAAUAAGAGUGUGAAACAGAGGACGUGGCGACCUCACCAUUCGCAGGCCUUCGUGGGGAGCGUCCGCGAGGGACAAGGCUUUGCAUUUCGAAGAAAAUUGAAGAUUCAGCAAAAUUACAAGAAACUGCUAUGGCGGAAUGAGAAGGCUCGAACUUCACAGGAAUCCCAAUUCAGAGAUCGAUACCCUGAACAUCUGAAACAUCUCUAUUUAGCUGAAGAGGAAAGACUCAGGAAGCAACUUAGAAAAGUUGACCAGCCUUUGUCAGAAGAACAAGUUAAUCAGGCUUUGCCAGCAGAACAAUGUAACAUUGACCAGGCUUUGUCUGAAGAACAUUAUAGUAUUGACCAGCCUCAGCCAGAAGAACAAUGUAAAGAAGAAAGGGUAAACUUCAUUACUAUUCCAAAGAAAAAUAAAAAGAAAACAUCAAAUCAAAAAGCACAAGAAGAAUAUGAACAGGUACAAGCUAAGCGUGCUGCUAAGAAACAAGAAUUUGAGAGGAGAAAGCAAGAAAGAGAAGAAGCUCAAAGACUCUACAAAAAGAAGAAAAUGGAAGUAUUUAAAAUAUUGAGCAAAAAGACUAAAAAGGGCCAACCAAACUUAAAUUUACAGAUGGAGUAUCUUCUUAAAAAAAUACAAGAAAACAAUUAAAUCAGACAUUUUGUUCACAAUCAAGGGUUAAAAUACCUGUUGUCUAUUGAAUUCUGUGUAUGUAUUAUACUUCCUAAUAAUUCACUAAAUUUAUUAAUAUAAACUGGAUUGCUAAGCUAUACUAAAUAUAUCAUGCCCAAAUACUUUUGUUCUUAUAAAGGGAAAUUUUCUGUAUAUGCUGUGUAGAAUAUGAUUUGUUUCUUAUUAUUUGCCUCUGAAGGAAGGGUGGCCUGAAAAACUGAAAACCUUCUAUUUGGAUGACAGGUUCAAGCAUUCAUUACUUUUGUACCACAUAAAAUUCAGAUGGAAUAAAAUGUUUUGAAAAUAAGGGAGCAGAGCUUUCAAUGGAGCAUUUCAAUGAAAAUUUUAAAUUUAGUAAUCAACUUUACAGUUUUAAAAUUUAUUUUUAUAAUUGAGGCAAAGACUCUUCUUGGACUUUUUAAAUUAAGCACAUGUUACAGGGGAAUGGAUUUUCCAGAAACCCGAGGGCAUGAUUGAAACUACCUUCUGUCCCCCACAUUUAACUGUGGGGUCUUCAUAAAGCAGAGUUUGGGGUGAAAACUUAACAAGUUUGAUAUUUAUAAAAACAUUCCAAAAGUACAUAGCUUGUUAGUGUAAGAUCUUGGAAACUCGGCAGUAGCGUGGCAAGAAUUAAACAUUCCUGAUCCUGUUAUUGUGUAAGACAUUGUCACUGGAACAUUAUUGGUAUUGUCUCUGUUGGUAAACUUGUAAGCUGAGAUAAAGUACUGAAAUACUGCUCUUCCCACUUGCUUGCAAUUUCUGCAAAAUGAGAAAGGCUUGAUUAUCAUCUUUUUAAACAAAUGAUAUUUGUGAAGCAUUGAAUAAUAAAGUUUUUGAAACUGCA